AUGCCCUCUAAUAGUCAAAGGAAGCACACCAUUUCCAAUAAAGUUCGCAAGCGUCCCGGUAAAGACAUUGAUCAAAUCCAUGAAGAUUUAAAGCCGAACAAAGCAGCAAGGCUGCUCAAUCAAGAGAUCGAUUUGGAUUUACCUGGUGAUGGGCAAUUCUACUGUAUAGAGUGUGAACGUUAUUUCAUAGAUGAAAAGACAAGGAUGGAGCACCGGAAAACGAAGUUGCACAAAAAUCGUGUUCGAACUCUGAAGGAGGUUCCGUAUUCAAUCAAGGAAGCCGAGGCUGCUGCUGGCCGAGGGCACUACAAACACGUAACUCUAGAAUCAAAGGUAGGCUCACUUUUUCCAACCUGA